UCGCUCGCAGACAGAAGUACUUCGUAAUGGCUUAUAGGCUACGUUGUUAGGUACAUGCCGACUAGUGAGACAGAAACCACAAUAUUUGUAUUUUAAAAACGCUUAAAAGAGGGACUCAGUUCUUGCUAUACGGAAGUACUUGUCAGAUGACAGGUCAUGUGAUCAGAUGGUGACAAAGUCAGUGUACUCUGGCGAAACAUCUGAAAGAGCUUAAUGAUUUCUGUGGGAAGAGAUUAAGGCAUAUUUUGUAAAAAAAAGUUUGCAGGCAACAUGCAGAAUGUAAUCAAUUCCGUGAAAGGAACUGCACUGGGAGUGGCUGAGUUUCUAACACCCGUGCUUAAGGAAUCGAAAUUUAAAGAAACUGGCGUCAUUACUCCGGAGGAGUUUGUGGCUGCAGGUGAUCACUUGGUACACCACUGCCCUACAUGGAAAUGGGCAUCAGGAGAGGAAGCAAAAGUAAAGCCCUACUUGCCACAGGACAAGCAGUUUUUAUUAACUCGCAAUGUGCCAUGCUAUAAGCGUUGCAAGCAGAUGGAGUACUCUGAUGAGUUGGAGGCUAUUAUAGAGGAGGAUGACGGUGAUGGAGGAUGGGUCGACACCUACCACAACUCGGGCGUGACCGGAGUAAUGGAAGCUGUUCGAGAAAUCUCGCUUGAUAAUAAAGAUAGCAUGAACAGGAAUGUGAAUGUGGGUGCUUGUGGCAAUGAUGGCGAAGACGAGGAGGAUGAGGAGGAAGGUGAAGCCGCAGACAUGGAAGAAUAUGAAGAGAGUGGGCUACUAGAAAACGAUGAGGCUACUCUCGACACUAGGAAAUUGGUAGAUGCCACCAAAUCAAAAAUGGAGGCAGGUGGCGAAGAUGCCAUUUUGCAAACCCGGACUUAUGACCUCUACAUCACAUACGACAAAUAUUACCAAACCCCAAGAUUGUGGCUAUUUGGAUAUGACGAGGACCGACAGCCACUCACAGUGGACCAGAUGUAUGAGGACAUUAGUCAGGACCAUGUGAAGAAAACAGUCACUAUCGAGAACCACCCUCAUCUCCCACCUCCAGCCAUGUGCUCCGUGCACCCCUGCAGACAUGCGGAAGUGAUGAAAAAAAUCAUUGAAACAGUUGCAGAAGGAGGAGGAGAGCUGGGAGUUCACAUGUAUCUUUUGAUCUUCCUGAAAUUCGUCCAAGCUGUCAUUCCCACCAUAGAGUAUGACUACACAAGACACUUCACCAUGUAAAUCCAAAUUGUGCUUCGCAUACUCUGAAUAAUUCGGGUGUGUUCUUCUGGCCAGCUAACCAUAGCUACAGACGGAACUGGAAUGAAAGAUGUUUUAAAAACGGAAUGGAAGAUGUUCCUCUGCAUCUUUGCAUGUGCAGUGUGAAUCUGAAGUGCUGAUUGAUGAUUUGCUGCUCAUUUACUAAAAACAUCUGUACCAACAGUAAAUGCACUCUGUGGUGGCCCAUCUUGCCGUGUACUCCUCUGUAAUAUCUGUAUGUAAGCUAUGUUUGCAAAUGCCUUGCUCUGCUCUAAACAAAUGUUGACACUAAAAUGGUCAUGUAUCUGUCAAAACGCCAUUCUGAUAUUUUUAAAAAAUAAACUGAAUAAAUCUUGUUGGACUUCAAAAAUCCAUAUUUAAUGUACCUGAAAACUGUCAUUUGUUUUUUUUUCCUCAUGAGGUUGUCAUCAUGUGACCUCCUCAUAGUUGGCUAUUUUUACCAACCGAUGCCCAAAGAUUAGUUAAUACAGUGGCAGUACAGUGUUGGCAUACAUAUAUGACCUGUUUCGGAUAGCUUCCUGCAAAGAGAUCUUGUGGCAGAUUCCAGCAACAACCACACACUUUUUUUUUGUUGCAUUUUUAUGUUUACCCCAUUUCUUUCAUCUGCUGUGGCAGCCUGUUUGUCAUGUUAAACCUUUUAGAUCAAGUGAAAUGAGUCCCUGUUUGUCUCCCAUAAGAGCUCAUUUUGAAAUAAUGUUUGUUUAUUAAUAAAACAAGAUAAAUAUGCAAGAAGA